GGGUUACGGAUUUUACUGCCAAAACCCAAAUCCAAAUUAGGGUUUCUCUCCAUCUCCACAUCUCCGCCUCCCCGCUGCCGAAUCCAGAGUUCAAACCCUAAUCCCUAAUUUCCAAUCGAGGAGGAGAGAUGUCGAAGCGCAAGUUUGGUUUCGAGGGAUUCGGGAUCAACCGCCCCGCCACCUACAACUUCGAGAGAACGCCGGCUCCGCAGCGCCUCUACGUCCCACCUACCUCCCGCGGCGGCGGAGACAACCAUGAGGAUGCGGACCUCGACAACAUCGACUACGACCAGUCCGACUCUCCCGAUCGUCCUAUUGCAGGAGGCGGCGGAGACGACCUCGAGAUCGACCCGCUCGACGCCUUCAUGGAGGGGAUCCAGGAGGAGAUCCGGGUUCCGCCUCCUGCCUCUACGAUGUCGAAAGACAAGGGAGAAAAAUAUGAUGACGAGGACGAGGAUGACCCUGUGGAGAGCUUCUUGCGAUCGAAGAAGGAUGCCGGGUUGACUCUGGCAUGGGAGGCUCUUCACGCUGGGUAUGAUUCAGAUGAAGAGGUGUAUGCUGCAGCCAAAGCAGUGGACUUAGGGGCGAUAGAAUAUGACUCAGAUGAUAACCCGAUUGUCAUGGAUAAACGGAAGAUCGAGCCCAUUCCGGCAUUGGAUCAUAGCACUAUGGACUACGAGCCGUUUAACAAGGAUUUCUACGAAGAGAAUCCUUCAGUAUCAGGUAUGAGUGAUCAUGAAAUUUCUGAGUACCGGAAAACUUUAGCCAUCCGAGUCUCGGGUUUUGAUAUACCAAAACCAAUCAAACUCUUUGAAGAUUGUGGGUUUCCUUCUCCGCUAAUGGGUGCUAUUGCAAAGCAGGCCUAUGAAAAACCAACAACAAUACAAUGUCAGGCUCUCCCCAUUGUACUGUCUGGUAGAGAUAUUAUUGGCAUUGCAAAAACAGGUUCUGGUAAAACUGCUGCAUUUGUUCUCCCUAUGAUUGUUCAUAUUAUGGAUCAGCCUGAAGUUGACAAAGGACAAGGUCCAAUAGGUGUGAUAUGUGCUCCAACAAGGGAAUUGGCACAUCAGAUAUAUCUAGAAGCUAAGAAAUUUUCAAAACCUUAUGGACUUCGUGUUGCUGCUGUGUACGGUGGGGUAUCCAAAUUAGAUCAGUUCAGAGAACUCAAGGCAGGUUGUGAAAUAGUUGUUGCCACUCCAGGAAGACUUAUUGACUUGCUUAAGAUGAAGGCUCUGACAAUGACUAGGGCAACUUAUCUUGUACUAGAUGAAGCCGAUCGAAUGUUUGAUCUUGGCUUUGAGCCACAGAUUAGGUCUAUUGUUGGUCAAAUUAGACCUGAUCGACAGACUUUACUUUUCUCAGCUACUAUGCCAUACAAAGUUGAACGAUUAGCAAGAGAAAUUCUUUCUGAUCCUCUAAGGGUUACAGUUGGUGAGGUAGGAAUGGCAAAUGAGGACAUUACUCAGGUUGUAAAUGUAAUCCCUUCUGAUGCUGAGAAGAUGCCUUGGCUUCUUGAUAAGCUACCUGGAUUGAUUGACGAUGGGGAUGCUCUUGUAUUUGCCUCAAAGAAGGCUACAGUGGAUGAGAUUGAAAGUCAGUUGCUUCAGAAAGGUUUCAAAAUUGCAGCCCUUCACGGGGACAAGGACCAAGCCUCUCGCAUGGACAUUUUGCAGAAGUUCAAAUCAGGAACAUAUCAUGUUCUUGUGGCCACUGAUGUUGCUGCCCGGGGACUUGACAUAAAAUCGAUCAAGUCAGUUGUUAAUUACGAUAUUGCUAGAGAUAUGGACAUGCAUGUCCAUCGCAUUGGUCGAACAGGCCGUGCUGGGGAUAAAGAUGGGACUGCAUACACUCUUAUCACACAAAAGGAAGCACGCUUUGCUGGUGAAUUAGUGAAUAGCUUGAUAGCUGUUGGUCAGGAUGUCCCUGCUGAGUUGAUGGAUCUUGCUAUGAAGGAUGGGAAGUUCAGGGCUAAACGUGAUGCACGAAAAGGUUCUGGUGGGAGAAAAGGUGCAGGUAGAGGAAAAGGUGGUGGCGGAGGUGGGCGUGGUGUACGUGGUGUGGACUUCGGACUCGGUAUUGGCUACAAUCCAGAGACUACAAAUGCAGCAACACCUUCUCACUCUGUUCAGAGUAAUAGAUCAUCUACUGUCAAUUCGUUGAGAACCGGGAUGAUGGCACAAUUCAAAAGCAAUUUUGUGGCUGCCUCAUCUAGUACUAAGAGUAAUGUAUCCUCCAUUGCAAGGCCAGCCUUACCCGGUUUUGUCUCUGGUGGUUCGAUCGGAGGGGAUGGAUACAAGGCACGCUUGGUUAAUCCUUUUGUUCCCGCUUCCAAGGACGGAGAAAACAAAAAUGAGAAUAACAACCACAAGGGCUCUGAAAGCUCAAGACAGAGGCCUCGAGAAAGAAAACGUCCUUCCGGAUGGGAUCGCUAGGAAUAAUGUGUUCACUGUUGGGAUGCGCUUCAUAUAUUGUUUAUUAAUCUGGUGAGCGAUAGUAAAUGCUGCAAUGCAUGGUUCCGUCGAUCAAAUAUUUUUUAUUUCGUCGUUGUAAUGUGUUUACGUUGUUCAUUAGCUAGAUGUGUUUUUUGUAUUCAACCUGGCCAUAAUCUAGUAGUACCUACUGAAUUA